AUGGCAGCACACGACAGCCUGGCCGCUUCCCCCCCAGCCCGGCGGAUCCAUAGUGCAUUUUCAGAACCACUACCUCCAUCUCAUCGCGAUACAGAUUGGAUGGUGGCGUCCAUCCAUAGUGGCUGGCGGCGCGAGGCGCUGGACCAAAGAUGCGCUUGCGUCGCGUCCUCCCCAGGCGCACCGCAAUGGCGCAUCCUUGGACAUCUUGGAAUCGCUCAGGGGCUGCUCCUGAUCAAGCCCGCCGUUGAGAACUGCAUCCUGCAUCUUUCUCCACAACAUUCCAUAUCUAGGACGACGGCAUGGAUGGCAGCCAAACAUGCCUGGAGAUCAUCAUCCCGGUCAGGCGAGCGGGCGGCCAAGGGUGUGUCGUCGUCGCAGAGUCGCCAGGGGGGGGGGGGGUGUGGUUGGUCGGUGAAUGUUUCGAUCGGUCCUGGUCCAGUCAGCCUGUUCUUUCACGUGAUGUCCCCCAUCACCCUGAACCAGAACAACGCCCUUCGACCACCCCCCUUCCCAAACUAUUCGCAAUCGCAAUCCACGGACGGCCGACGUCAUGAUGGACUUUCCAGUUGCUCGUAUCGUUUGGCGCUGAUGCACAUCCACAAGCCUUUCUCCAUGGACAAUACCAUCUUACGCGAUACGCGCUGGCCUCGAAUAAUCGAUAAGUCUACGCCAAGGCCGUCUCUGCCGAGGUGGAGAUUAAGCAUCGGGCGUCCAAUGCGGAACACCCCAUUCCCCUUUCAUCGUUCCCGCGAGGCUUGUCACUGUCGAGCUUCAUUUCGGCUUGAGCUUUCAUCAGGAUGA